CUUCACUCUCCACAACAUCUAGAGAGAGAGAGAGAGAGAGAAAGAGAGAGAGAGAGAGAGAGAGAGAGAGAGGUAUUCUCUACUCGAGAAUGAGUUCCCAUUUCAAGAUUUGAUAUUCAAAAAUCAAUAUUCUUGAAUUCCAAAUUCAGCUCAAGAAAGAAACUUAACAAUUUCAACAUUUAGAGGACUUGGUAUUCUCUUCUUCAACACUUCUUUCAGAAUGUUGAGGGAUUUCAAGUUCUUGCGCCGGAACAGUGGUAAGAAUAAUACCCAACCGGAGGAAAUUGAGAAUGUACCUGUGAAUCCGAGGGAUUCAAUGGGUCCUCCGACCAGUACAGACUCAACAAGGCCUCCUUUAAACACAAUUCAAGAAACUACCAGAAAUUUGAAAGGUGGAGUAGAUCAACAAGGGGGUGUUAGGAUUACUAAAAUUGAUAAGACCCCUACUAAACCUAAGGCUAGUAGAUAUUCCGAUAUCAAUAAAACUCCAGAAAAACAUGUAAGUCUUCCAAAAGGUCGAUAUGGGUGGGUGCAGAAAGCUGGUUCCAGCUCGAAUUCUGUGGAAGUGGGGGAUGAAGGAAAAAUGGAUGCAGGUACUUGUGGGGGUCAAUCGAGGACAGUAGCUGGCAAUGCUACUCCUCGGUCCACUAGGACAAUAGGGAGGGCAAAUUCUUACUAUUCGGAUAGUCAUUCUAAUCAAAACACACCAUCUAAAAGUGUAACAAAGCCUCCAAAUCCUGCAUUUUCUUUAGCCAGUAGUUCUAGGCCUUUAGCAAGGGCGGCUAACUACGCAGCAUUGUAUAAGGGAAUUCCAAUCAGUGGUAAUUCGUCGACUGUUCUUGAUACAGUUGAAGUUCCUCAUUUUGACCUCAAGGAAAAUCCAUCAUUCUGGUUGGAGCACAAUGUACAGGUUUUGAUACGAGUGCGUCCUCUCAACAGCAUGGAGAGAUGUACUCAAGGGUACACUAGGUGCUUGAAGCAGGAAAGUGCCCAAUGCAUCACUUGGAUUGGACAGCCUGAAACUCGGUUCACAUUUGAUCACGUGGCAUGUGAAACAAUCAAUCAGGAAACACUCUUUAGGAUGGUUGGUUUACCGAUGGUGGAGAACUGUUUAUCUGGAUAUAAUAGCUCCAUCUUUGCAUAUGGACAGACUGGUAGUGGGAAGACCCAUACAAUGCUUGGUGAGAUUGAAGAAUUGGAAAUCAGGCCGAGCCCCAACCGAGGAAUGACACCGCGUAUAUUUGAAUUCUUGUUUGCAAGGAUCAGAGCAGAAGAGGAAAGUCGAAGGGAUGAAAGACUACAAUACAGCUGCAAAUGUUCUUUUCUAGAGAUUUAUAAUGAACAAAUCACUGAUCUCCUUGAUCCUUCAUCCACAAAUUUAAUGUUGCGAGAGGAUAUCACAAAAGGUGUGUAUGUUGAAAAUCUUUCCGAAUUUGAAGUCCAAACUGUGGGUGACAUUCUUAAGCUCUUGACUCAGGGUUCUUUAAACAGGAAAGUUGCAGCAACAAACAUGAACAGAGAGAGCAGUCGCUCGCACAGUGUCUUUACCUGUAUAAUUGAGAGUAGGUGGGAAAAGAACUCUACUGAUAACUUCCGCUUUUCAAGGCUUAAUCUUGUUGACCUUGCUGGUUCAGAAAGGCAAAAAGCUUCUGGUGCUGAGGGUGAACGCUUGAAAGAAGCUGCAAGCAUCAACAGAUCUUUAUCAACUCUAGGUCAUGUAAUAAUGGUUCUGGUUGAUGUUGCCAAUGGGAGGCCAAGGCAUGUUCCUUAUAGGGAUUCGAAGUUGACGUUUCUACUUCAGGAUUCACUGGGUGGAAACUCAAAAACAAUGAUUAUAUCCAACGUCAGCCCUUCUAUCUGCUGUGCAGCUGAAACACUGAAUACAUUAAAGUUUGCUCAACGGGCAAAACUUAUUCAGAACAAUGCUGUCGUCAAUGAGGAUUCUUCAGCAGAUGUCUCUGCUCUUAAACAUGAGAUAAGACUUCUAAAGGAGGAGCUUUCUUCUUUGAAACGUCAGAAUAUAUCUAGAGCUUUAUCGUUUGGUCAAACAACUAUUUCAGGAGACUCUAGACUGGAAGAUGACAGCAGUUAUGACGAAAAGGCACUUGAGACAGAUCAGCAUGGUAGUUUGAUAACAAAGGAGGCCAAGGGCAUUAUUAGGUUAUCCUCCAAACAGUUCAAAUCACUAGAGACCACACUAGCUGGUUCUUUAAGGAGAGAGCAGAUGGCUGAAACUUCAAUCAAACAACUUGAAGCUGAAAUUGAGCAGCUUAACCGUCUGGUUCGUCAAAGGGAGGAAGAUAAUCGGUGCACCAAAAUGAUGCUAAAGUUCAGAGAAGAGAGAAUUCAAAGGAUGGAGUCACUUGUCAAUGGACUAAUACCAGCAGAUAGUUAUUUAUUUGAGGAAAACAGUGCACUUACUGAAGAAAUUCAGUUGCUUCAUGCUAAGGUUGAUAGAAAUCCAGAAGUAACUCGAUUCGCAUGUGAAAACAUUAGGCUUUUAGAAGAACUGCGGAGAUUUCAAGAUUUUUAUGAAGAAGGAGAGAGAGAAAUUCUGUUGAGUGAGGUUUCUAACUUGCGGGAUCAGCUACUUAUCAAUAUUGAUGGGAACUUGAAGCAGCACAGCCAUUUGGACAUGAAUAUUCCAUCUCAGGAGCCUGUGCAUGUUUGUGACGAGCAAACUACACUACAUUUAGAGUUAAAAAAGACUUUACAUGAGUUGGAGGAAUGCCGGACUAACCUAAACUGUUGUUUAGAGAAAAAUGAAAAACUCAGCAGAGAAAUAGAUGAACUACGAGGUUCAUUAAAUAGCAUCAGUUCUGUUGACAAUGAUCACGAUGGCAGGGUUGAAGUCAUAAAGGAGUCAAUACCAGCAGCUCUGGCUCUUAAUAGCAAAUCAAAAACUUCUAAUGAGAAAGAGAAGGCAGAUACGAGGAAACAAGAAACUAUAAAGCACAUAGAGGAAAUUAUGCAUUUGCAGCUUGAGUUGGACAUUCUGAAGGUUAUAGUUCAAGAAGAAAGGUUGCAUCACAAUGAAUUGCAGCAAUAUGCUCAAUCCAUGAUGCAAGACCUAGACUCAUCAAAAGAACAGCUUCUGUUAGUGACCAAGAAAUGUGAAGAUGUUCACGCAGAACUUGGGGAAGCCAAAUCCAUUAUUGAAGCUCUUGAAUCCCAACAUCUCUUAGCAAUCACAGAGGUAGAAGAUCUAAGAAACAGUAACAGCCAUUAUGCUGAAGUAGUGCAGAAACAGGAGCUUGAAAUCUCUUCAUUGAAGAAGCAAAUAUUUCAUCAAGGAUCGAGAGAUCUCUCAUCAGCUAAGCUCUUGGAAAGUGAUGAUUCUUCUUUGCAAGCAAAGCUUAAAAAGAUGCAUGACUCCCUUGAGAAGGCCAAAAUGUUGAAUCGGUGUUACCAAAAUGACUCUGAAUUUCAUGUGUCAAAUGAGGAAGCGAUGGAUGAAAUAAGCAGGCAGGCUGAGGCAGAAACUGCUGAAGUGAUUGUAUGCUUGCAGGAAGAACUCCUUCUUCUUCAGCAGGAAGUUAAAAAUAGCAGUUUGAAAGAGAUGGAGAGCAGAAAGAGGUUAACUGAGCUGGAAACUGAAGUUAAAGAUUUGGAGGCAAAAUUGUCUCUGAUGACAGAAGAAAAUCGAAAACUUUGUGAAAAUGUAUAUGACAAAGAAAAAGAGUUAAUAAAUUUGUCUGAAGAAUGGGAGCAGGUUAACAAUGAGAUCGAAGCUAUUGUAUGUGGGGGGCAUGAGGCUCUCAAAGAUGCCUGUGAGCAAUUGGAUUUUAUUUCCAGUACAUUUCCAGAUAGGAGAAGUAGGAUAUCUGAACAAUUUGGCAGAAUGACAAAAUACAUUGUUGAAAAGGAGUUAUUUAUUGAAGAGCUCAACCAGAGUCUGGAGAAUGCUCUCAACAGAAGAAAUGAUAUGGAGUCCAUGUUGAGAUCUCUUAGAGGGGCAGCUUUAGUUAUGACAGAGGCUCACCAGUUAGACUGCCUUGAAAAGGAUGCUGAGCUAUUUUCUUUGACAUCCCAGUUGAGUUCAAAGGCACAUGUCAUCGCAGAACUUGAGAACAAGAUUAAGCAUGGGGAAGAUCAACUUAGAAAGGCGUCGAUCACUGCAACAGUCGCUUUCUUGGUAGUUAACAGGUUGUCGGAACAGAAUUCUAACUAUAUUGAUGCUUUAAACCAGAAGGACCUGCAGCUUAUGGAAUCUCUAGAAACAAGCAGACAAAAGGAUGCUAUUCUCUGGGAUCAGGCUUCAGUAGUUGCCGCUGCAGAGAAUCAAAAUGAGUCUCUGAGAAUGGAACUACAUACUCUGGAAAAGACAUGCAGCGAUCUGAGAUUCCAGCUGUUUGAGGAGCAAAGGCAAAAGCUUGAAGAAAUUGAAGAAGAUGAUAUGUUGAAAGCAAUUGAGAAACUUACAGAGCUGAAAGCAGGUGUUUCAACAGUACUUAGUGAGUGUGUGGAAAUAAGUGGAAGUCAUGAAACUCGUGCUUCUUUUUCUAGUGAUGACAAAUUUGAAACAUGGACAGGUAGUGAGACAAGACAACACAGCCAGCACCUAGAGUCAUGCAUUCUUGAAGAUAGGACAGCUGAAAAACCAGACUGUUCCUUCGACAAAAGUAAUAACAUGCUUGGAUCAGCCAGCAAGCAGGAUACUUUUCAAAUAAAUUGGAAGGAUAAGGACAGAGAUGCUACAAUUAUUCUACUAAGGAAAGAAAUGGAAUCUGCUCUUGAUUGCUUAAAAGGAGUGCAAGCUGAAAUGGCCAGAUUACAUGUUGAGAAAGAAGCACUGUGCUCAUCUGAGCAAAAGAGUAAAGAGAGCAUUGGAGAGUUUCUUGCUGCAGUAAUUUCUCUACAGACCUAUAUGGAUACGUUUGAACAGCAACUUGAACUUAAAAUGGAGCUAGUAGACAAUAAAUUACAGACAAUUGAAGGUGCUGUGCUGGAGUCCUCCAGCUCCUGGUAUGAGCAAAAAAAGCUACUUGAAGCUGAACUUUUUGAUGCUAAGGCAGUAGCGGCCCAGAAAGCUACUGAAGCUUCCUGCAUUCUAGCCAAAUUUGAAGAGGUUCAAGACACCAUGAAAGAAGCAGACAUCAUGAUAAAUGAGCUAAUGAUAGCAAAUGAAUCCUUAAAGCUUGACAUUAAAAGGCUUAAGAAGAAGGAGAUCAGCUUAACCGAAAAGAGAGACAUCCUUGUUAAUGAAAAUCAAAGCUUGCGGUCGGCUAAUGAUCUAAAAGACAUGCAUUACCAAAGACUGGAAAAUGAGUUUGAGUCAGAUCUAGCAAUGAUGCAGAGGCUGGUGUUGGAGCUAGAGGAUAUAGUUUCACAGGCAGCGACCACUUCCACAGAUGAGCUCAAGUCUGUAACAUCUGAUGUCCUUAUCAUAAAGUCUCAACUUCAUGCAUCAACUAAAUACAUGAAGACAUGGCUUGAGGAGAUCUGGUCUGAGAUUGUUGUCAAGGACUGUGCUCUGUCUGUCUUGCAUCUUUGUCACAUGGGCAUUCUCUUAGAAGCUGCAACUGGAUUGAAUGUAGAAAAUGGGCUACUCAAUCAUGGGCUAAGUGAAUCAAACUCAUUAAUAUCUAAGUUGAAGGAUCAGAACUUCAAAGCACAGAAGGAGCUUGAAAUGUGCAGAACUCUAAAGGGGAAAUUAUUGGCCGACAUUAAAAACAACUUUGAUCGUGUAUUAAGGAAAGAGUCUUAUGCAGGAGAUCUCACCUCCAAACUUGGCUCUUUCGAGAAAAAAAUAUCGGAUUUGCAAUUCCAGGAAGAGUCAAUGUUAGCAAGGUCCGAGCAAAUGGGAUCUGAGCUUGUUGAGUUAAUGAAAGAGAUUGAUCUCAGCAACAAAACUGUCUUGGCAUCUCUUAUAGAUCAAGAAAGGGUGCUGAAAGACAAAGAAGAAGCCUUGAAGUCUCUGGAAGAUAGUUUGACUAUGGACUUUUCUGCUAAAGACUUUGAGUCAUUAAUUUUGUCAUCUGAGUUAGAAGAGAGGACCAUACUAAUAUAUGAGUUGGAGAGAAAAAAUAAGCACUUCUAUGAAGUUGCCGAAGGGUUGAAGAGAGAAAUCAUUUUUGACAAUCUAGAUGUUGCAUUAACUGCAUCCAUCUUACUUGACAAGGAGGUUGAGGUUUCUGUCCUACAAGAGGAAGUUGCAGAAGCAGGAAGGAAGCAGCAGAAUUUGUUGGCUGAACUUAGUAUAAUGGAUUCCAUGAUUGCCAAAGUUCACUCCAGAAAAAAUGCUCUUGAGCAAGAUGCUUGCUCACUGAUGGAAGUUUCUUGUUUGAAUGAGACGUUAAAGUGUGAACUUGGUGAAUUAAUGGAAGGAAAUAUUGUUCUGACAACCCAGGUCCAGGAACUUAGCUCUAAAAAUGAGAAGUUGCUUGAAGAAUUGCAAAAGAAGGACUCAGCCCUUGAGAGUUCUUUAAGUCGCAUCUUUUUCCUUGACCAACAAAAUCAGAUGUUGCAGAAUGAAACUUGCUUGCUGGAAGCAGCAUCAUGCAGACUCCAGAAUGAUAUGGAAAUGAAAGAAGCAGAAAUUAAGAAAAUGAAUUGUCUUAAAAAGGAGAUUGAAGAACUGCAGCAUGAAAUAACAGAGUUAAAAGGAGAACGUUGCCAACUUUUCCAAGAAUUGGAGGUCAAGAAAGCAGAGAUCGAGAGAAUCAAUGUUUUGGCAGCAGAGAAUACUUCCUUGAGAAUCCAACUCAGAUCUUGUGAGAAGGGUAACAAUGACACUUUUGAUAUGGUGCUCAAAGUAGACAGCAUUGGGAGUAAAGCACUUAAUGUUUUUCAAAACAGAAGUGCUGAAUUAGAUACCAUGUUACUGAACAUAUAUGAAGAACUUGAGAGGGCAUCGAUGUUUUAUGAAGAGUUAGAAUCAUUGGAGAAUUCUGCGGAAGAGAUAUUAAUGCAAAGUGCUUCCCUGCAAACUGAGUUAGUACGGAAGGAUGACAUCAUCAAAGGAAUGCUAUUUGACCUUAGCUUGUUACAAGAAUCGGCAUCUAACCACAAGGAUCAAAAAGAUGAAAUUGAUGAUUUGAUGGCUUCUAUAAAUUCUUUGGAAAAUGAGCUUGAUGAAGCUGUUUGUAAAGGUCAAGAACUUGAAGUUCAGUUGCAGGAAAAGAUAAGGAAGAUAGCUGUUUUGGAGUCAGGUAUCUCACAAAAGGGCAAGGACUUAGAAUUGCUUUCACACAAAAACUCGGAGCUGGCUGCCAGUGCCAAGGACACCAUGGAAGAAAAAUGUUCCAUCGAGGAGGAAUUGUUAGAGAAAAGGGAAGUGUGUGAGAACUUAGAGAUAGAAAUCACCAACUUUGGUGAUAUUGUUAGUGAAAUGAGCAAUUCAAUUGAAUGCUUGAAGAGAAAUCUGAAUGGUGUUACUAGUGAGAGGGAAGACCUCCAUGGAGAAAUUCUCACAUUGAAAAAGGAACUAGAGACAGCACACACUCGUGCAGAGGAAAGUGAAGCAAUUGCCGUAGAAGCGAAAGAGGUGGCCGAGAUAGCAAAACUCCAGGUUGAUGAGAAAGAAGAGGAGGUUAAAUUGUUAGAGAGGUCUGUUGAGGAACUAGAGUGCACAGUGAAUGUCCUAGAAAAUGAGGUUGAAUUUGUCAGAGGAGAGGCUGAGCGGCAGCGGUUACAAAGAGAAGAGCUGGAACUGGAACUUCAUGCCAUAAAGCAACAAAUGUACAAUGUAAAAGGCAGGGAUGCUGAUAUGAGAAGGCAUCAAGAGGAAAAAGAAAAGAGUCUUCAAGAAGCUUGUCAGCGCAUACAACUUCUUGAGGAAGAAAUCAUCUCUAGAGAUGCUGAAUUAGCUCACUUCAAGGCUCAUAUAUCAGAACUAAAUUUGCAUGCUGAGGCACAGGCUAGCGAGUACAAGGAAAAGUUAAAGGCAUUGGAAGCAUUGGCACAGAAAGUGAAGAUGGUGGAUCCCCAUGCCACCCAAGCUCCAACUUUAUCAUCAAGCAAAUUGGAAAAAAAUUCUUCAAAGCCUAGGGGUUCUGGUUCCCCUUUCAAAUGCAUUGGUAUAGGCCUAGUUCAGCAGUUGAUGUCUGAGAGGGAUGAGGAGCAUAGUGCAGAAAGACAUCGCAUCCAAGAACUUGAGGCUCUAGCUGCUAGUAGACAAAAAGAGAUAUUCAUGCUGAACUCAAAAUUAGCUGUUGCUGAUAGCAUGACCCAUGAUGUAAUGCGCGAUUUAUUGGGUGUGAAACUGGACAUGAAUAACUAUGCGAAUCUGCUGGAUAAUCCGCAACUGCAAAUGUUGAUGGAGAUGGCUCGACUCCAUAACGUUGAUGCUCAGUUCAAGGAGGAAGAGGUUCUUAAGCUGAGGCAACAGCUGAAUGAGUUUAUAGAGGAGCGGAAAGGAUGGAUUGAGGAAAUCGAGAGAAAGCAAUCAGAGAUGGUGGCUGCACAGAUUGCACUAGAAAAACUGCGCCAGCGGAAUCACUUGCUUACAACUGAAAAUGAAAUGAUUAAGAUGGAGAAUGUAAAUCAUAAGAAGAAGGUCAUCGAACUUGAAGCAGAUAUAAAGAAGUUGUCUGGUCAGCAGAACCUUCAACAGCGCAUCCACCAUCAUGCUAAAAUUAAGGAAGAGAACAAUUUACUGAAAAAUCAGAAUGAUGACCUUAUAGUAAAGCUGCGGAAAACUGAAUCAAUUCUUUCUCGAGUUAGGGAAGAGCUGGCUCACUUCCGUCAAACUAAUGGAAGAAGCCCCUACAUUAAUUUUGACAAGGAGCAAACGCUGGAGAACAAGUUGAAGGAAAAGGAAGAGGAAAGAUUGCAAUUGGCGCAGAAGUUACUUGGUCUGUGCACUACUGUGCUAAAGGCUGCUGGAAUAACAAAACCAACAUCUGAGAUGGGGAUCUCAGCAGCUGAAGAAGCACUUGAGCAGCUCAAAAACAGAUUGACUUCACUGGAAAGAGAACUGCAAGAUGCCAAAUUUAAGAACAAAAUGACUAAUGAACGGAUCCGAUUGUCUGAGCUCAUGCCACAAUCCUCUCCUCUAAGAACAAAUGAAAAUGGACGGAUUUCAAACAGAGGAUCAUCUUCCCCUCUAACAACCUUUGAUCGGUGAAGAUUCUUUUACCAACUCAAAAGAGGAAGAGUUAUCUGUACAUGGUGUUAGUUUUUUGCUAGCAGUUUGUUUAUAUAUCCUUCUGUACUUUAUACACUACAUAGUGUACACAAAUCAUGGAAAUCUGUAAAUAGCGAAUCCAUGAAUUUGUACUACCUUGCAAUAUGUGUAAUUUAUUCAUUCUGUAAAUUUACAAGUGUAACUUCUGUAAAAUCACAAUGUUGUGACAAUAAAUUAUGUUUACUGCACUA